UCCAGCAGAGAAGUCUUAAGAAGCCAGGGUACUGGGACUCAAGCCCAAGGAGACUGUGGACUCAGAACUUGAUGGCACCCUGCUACAGAGAAACAGAAUGAAGCUGUGAACCCAAUCCCUCUCUCCUUCACAGAUGCUGAGGUGGUGUUAGGGGGGAAUUAUACUGCCCCAGGGCUCUGAACAGAGUGGACACUUGGCUGGAGUGCUGAAUGAGUGAAUGGGUCUCUGCUAAGCAGUCUGGCAAAUGUUUACAGAGUUGUCAGUAGCCACAGUCCAAACUCUGAGGCAAGAUGGAAAGUGCUGAGUUGGAAGGCUUAUCUGAGGUACAAGGGAACUUGAUACAAUUCAAAAAUAUGAUUGGGAAGCUCACAGGGAAGAAUGCAUUGAUUAACUAUGGCUUUUACGGUUGCCACUGUGGCUGGGGAGGCAAAGGAACCCCCAUGGAUGCUACUGACAGGUGCUGUUUGUUCCAUGACUGCUGCUAUUCAAAGCUGAGGAAGAAAGGCUGCAUCCCCAAAAUACAGACCUACAAAUAUGAGUACCAGGAUGGAUCCAUCACCUGUGGGUCUGGGAACUACUGUCAGAAGAAAAUCUGUGAGUGUGAUCGAAUAGUUGCCUCCUGUAUGAAGAAAAACCUGAAGACUUACAAUGUCAAGUAUCGCUACUUCAGAACUUCCCGGUGCUCAGAGGAUACACCUGAAUGCUGAGAGUUUCUUUUCCCCUUCCUCAGGAAGAACUGAUAAGAAGGAGCCUUGAAACUCCAAUGCCAAAGCCAUCACCCCCCAAUCCACAGCCUUUCACAUCUCCUUUUCUGAACACUAUUGCUUUGACAUCAGGACUCAAAUUAAUCAACAAACCUUUAGUAAUUGCUUACUCCGGGCCAAGCAUCUAAUGUAGUUAGCAUCCUCAAUUCCAGAGGGCUGAUGAUCAAAUCCAUCUCCCUUCUCUCAGGAGAGAGGUGGAAAGGGAGGGAUGUGGAAUCUGUACCUGUAGUCUGAUGCUGUUGGGACAUUUGGUUUGAUUUGUUUUGCACUUACUUACUUGUUAUGAGGAGAAGGGUAGUUGUUAGGAAGUGAUAUAAAAAAAAAACCUAUCAAUAAAAUGUU